CGAAGACGUCUUUCGUCUCUCUCUCCAUCCCUCGCCAUCUUCCCUCCCAACCUUCCUCACCAACACGAUCACAAACUCGACAUCCGCGGCUCUGCCGCAUUACAAACAGCAUGGCUUCUAUUACCUCUUCGUUUCAAGUCCCUCCCACCAGCUCUGGCGGGCUCGACUCCCCCGCCACCUUCUUCCAGAUCCUCACCGUCCAAACCCUGCACUACCUCACCCUCUCGAUCCUCAUCCCCCCACUCCUCUCCCUCUUCUCCGCCUCUCCUACGGCCCUCAACUUCGAAGGCGGUCCAGCACAAGUGGGCAUGGUCCUGGACUGGCGCGAGUUGGGCGCGAGGCGGACGUUUGAUUGGAGUCCACUCGGGGAGGAUUUUUUGAGUUGGCGCAAAGGCGUGAGCAAGGAGGAGUUGUUGGGUGGGAUGGAUGAGGGGGAUCGGGUUGCGGCAGCAAGCUGGAGGAUGGGGAGCGUUUGGGUGGGCGAUGUUGCGCAACAGGCUAGAAAGCCCGUCGUGAUUGACGUGGGCAAGAUACUGAGGGUGGGCGAUGUCAUUCCUCCCACGAGUCCGCAGGCAGCAGGCGAGGAGGUGGCAGAGCAACAAGCUGAGAUGGCUGAUGUGGCGGCUAGUGCGGCCACCGAGGCGGAGGGUGAUGUGGAGCAGUGGGAAUGGAAGAUUUCGAGGGACCCGAGUAGGGGAUGGGCAAUCGCUGCGGCCUGGGCUGUCGCUUGUGGGGUUGAUGUCUUCCUCCUCACAACAGUAGUGCGUCGACCGAAGCACAUCCUUGACCACGUCGUCACACUUCACCUGGUGCACCUGCUCCUCACAUCCUGGUACUCCUCGAGCAUCCCCACCUCCCUCUUCUGGUGGGGAGCCAUGCUCGCCCAUGCGACGGGUGCGGUCUUACUGGCGGAAAGGUACGCCAUCAGGAGAGAGAUGCAGAGCGAGGUGGGAUAUGGAUUGGUGGGGAGUGGAAGGGAGGAGACUGGGCAGACAAGGGGAGAGACAGGGACCGAAGCAGCGCCGCACGUUCUGUUCGACGAGGCAGAGGACGAUGAGGCUGGCGAGGGGACGGAUGAUGUACGCAAGCCGUUCAUGGCGGCGCCAUCGAGUGUCUUUGGUAGAGGAGCGAACGGCAGUGGUGGUGCGAAUGGCCACAAGGGGUCCAGCGAGGAGAUAGCCAUGAAACCGCUCAAGAAGUAGCUGCGGGGCUACGAACGAAAUACCACGUCAUCUACAGCGUCAUUUACAAGCAGUCAUGGGAUCAGGCGUCGAGUGUCGAGCGCAAAUAAAAAUCUGUUCGGGUGAGGAGCACGUGCGUGCCUCGGGGCAGCAGGAAGAGGAAGAGCAGGAGCAACGAGGUGGAGCGCACAUGAGAGGGGAACAUUGGGGGGAGAGAGCGGGAAGAAGUGAAGACUGUUCAUCGAACAUGCUUGCCGAUCGUUGAUGUCGUCCAGUCGUCUGAGCAAGGAGAGCUGCGUACGGAGCAUUGUAUGCCUUCCCGCGCUCAUCCUCUGUCACAGGUCCUGGUAAUGACUGAU